AUGCCCUCGAUCCGAAAUCUUCCAUCUGUCGGUGCAUUGACGGCGAUCAAACCCAUACAACGUGUCCGCUUCUUCGAAGGUGACGAGCUCGACGAGCUGUUCGAUUAUCAGCCCACCCUCACAUCCGAGUCCGAGCUGAGCGACGACGACGACCCUGAAUAUGGUAGCAAAGCCUCACCUAAGCGACGUGCCCCCCGAAAGACGGCGAGUACGAGGGUGCUCGACCUCGGACAUGUUCUCAAAGCGCCGCGUGCGGCUCAGUACUCGACCAAGACCAUCUACACCAUGGUCAAAGACGACAUCGUUGAUCUCGAGCCAGAAUAUCAGCGAGGCGUAGUGUGGCCAGCCGACAAGCAGUCCGCUGUUAUCGAAUCGCUCAUGCGACACUACUACGUACCGCCAGUCCUGCUCUCCGUACAAACGAACGAUGAUCCUAAAGCUGAGACCAUGUACGUAUGCAUCGACGGCAAGCAGCGUAUCUCAUCCAUCUGCGCUUUUCUGGACAACGAUAUCCCGGUCAGGGAGCCCUCCAGUGGCCGCAAAUACUGGUACAAAGAGGACCUUCCUCUUGGCAAGACACCGGCGCUUACGCCUGCCCAGCGACGCAAGUUUGACAACGAGCAAAUCACCGUUGUCGAGUUCGAAGGUCUCUCGGAAGAGACGGAGCGAGACAUGUUCAGUCGUGUACAGAUGGGUGUCACCCUCUCGUCAGCCGAGAAGCUCGGUGCACACUUGGGAGCGUGGCCAGAUUUUAUCCGACAGAUGGUCAAGCGCUUUAUCGACCCGACACCUUCGCUGGUGCACGACGAGUAUGGCAAGAGCAUGCUGCUCGUCAGCCGCGGCAAGGAUUACCUCUUUAUGGCGCAGAUCGCUUUGCUCAUCCUUCACGAACAUGUCGACCAGUAUGUUCCUACGGCGCACACCAUCGACACGUUCCUCAAACAAAACGCCAAAAGCGAACCCUCGUCUGCACUGCGCAGAAACAUGCAGCGCACGCUCGAGCGCUGUGUUGCGCUCGCCAACCAUCGACGAUACGGCGCAUGCAUCAAGCCAGAGACGAAACUCAACCGCGUCGGUCGACCCGUGACCAAGCCGCUUUCGCCCGCCGAGUUUGUCUACAUCGCCUUUAUGAUCUUCAAGUUCCCGGAUGCGACGGUUUCGCAGCUCUUCCGUUUGGUGCAGGGUCUGAAGGCUGAUGUGCGAUCGCAGUUCAAGGACGUGCUCUUCAACACGAACGUCGCCUCUGUCAUGCGUCGAUACAUCAACACGGCCAAGGUGACUCCGGACGCGGAAUCGCUUCAGGCUAGUCCGCGUGGCAACAAGCGCAGCCGCGAAUACGCCGUCCAGAGCGACGACGAUGCAGACGCACCACUCUCUGCAAGACGCAGAAGCGCCAACGGCGACAGUCUGGAUUACAACCCGGAUGCAGGCUUGUUCAGAGGCGAAGCUGGCAGCAGCCGAAACCCACUGAGCAACAUGACUCCCGCCCCUGGCCGUCAUUAG